GAACCAGAAACCUGGAGAAUAAAACACAAGGAACAGGGAGGCCUGAUGAAAAUGAAAGAAGAAAGACGAGAUCUGAAAGCGGUGGAUGAGAAAUAUCAGGAUCAGGAAUAUCAUGGUGUCAAUGAAGAAAAAUCUGUGAGUUGCAGCAUUAAAACAACAGAAGUCAAGAGGCCUUUCAGCUGCUCUCAGUGUGGAAAGAGUUUUACACAGAAAGCACACCUUAAGAAGCAUUUGUUAUCUCACACUUCAGAAAAACCUUUCGGCUGCUCUCAGUGUGGAAACACUUUCUCAUGUAAAGCAAGCCUUAAUAGGCACAUGUUAAUUCAUACUGGAAUAAAGCCUUUCAGCUGCUCUCAGUGUGGAAAGGGUUUUACACAGAAAAUACACCUUAAUAAGCAUUUGGUAUCUCACUCUUCAGAAAAGCCGUUCAGCUGCUCUCAGUGUGGAAACACUUUCACAUGUAACAGAAAUCUUAAGAAUCACAUGUUAAUUCAUGCUGGGAUAAAGCCUUUCAGCUGCUCUCAGUGUGGAAAGAGUUUUACACGGAAAGGACAACUUAAGAAUCAUUUGGUAUCUCACACUUCAGAAAAACCUUUCAGCUGCUCUCAGUGUGGAAAAUCUUAUACACGAAAAACAACCCUUAAGGAUCACAUGUUAAUUCAUGCUGGGAUAAAGCCUUUCUCCUGCGCUCAGUGUGGAAACACUUUCAUUUGUAAAACAAGCCUUGAGCAUCACAUGUUUAGUCAUACUGGGAUAAAGCCUUUCUCCUGCUCUCAGUGUGGAAAGAGUUUUACACUGAAAAAAUGCCUUAAGAUGCACAUGUUAAUUCAUAGUGGGAAAAAGUCUUUCUCCUGCUCUCAGUGUGGAGAGUGUUUUAGAAGUAAAUCAUGCCUUAAUAGGCACAUGUUAAUUCAUGCUGGGAUAAAGCCUUUCAGUUGCUCUCAGUGUGGAAAGAAUUUCACAAGUAACAGAAAUCUUGAGAUGCACUUGUUAAUUCAUGCUGAAAUAAAGCCUUUCAGCUGCUCUCAGUGUGGAAAGACUUUUACACGGAAAGGACAACUUAAGGAUCAUUUGGUAACACAUUCUUCAGAAAAACCUUUCUCCUGCUCUCAGUGUGGAAAGAGUUUUACAUAUAAAUCAUCCCUUUGCAAUCACAUGUUUAUUCAUGCUGUGAUAAAGCCUUUCUCCUGCUCUCAGUGUGGAAAGGGUUUUAGACUGAAAGGACAACUUAAGAUUCAUUUGGUAACUCACGCUUCAUAAAAGCCUUUUAUCUGCUUUCAGUGUGGAAGGUCUGUGUCACAUAGAGGAUACCUUGAGAAUCACAUGUUUAAAGUGGUCAUUGAAUGCCCAUUUUCCACAAGUUUUAUGAUUCUUUAGGGUCUUAAAGGGGUCAUAUGAUGCGAUUUUACAAUAUCUACAGUAUUUACAAUUUUAAAUUUCUCUUGGUGCAUAUUUAAGACCUGUUGAGUUGCUAAGACUAAAGUCGCAAAUCCAAAUAAAAAUCCAUUGUAAAAGUUAAGGGUCAACCACACUUCCCUAAAUCAUCUCGUUCUACCAUGCCGUCACAUCUCUACAUCACUAUGUGGGAAGGAUUGCGUAACACCGACCAAAAGGUUCACGCAAAGAUAGAAGGCAUUACUUUUAUUCUGUCUGUUGCCGCAGGUGCCAUGUUGUGGAGUCGCUGUGAGUUUCGUUGAAGUGAAACUUUGUUCGGCCUUCCAAAAUAGGACUUGACUAGAAAUCAGUGGUUAAGUUGUAUUUCAACACUGUUCCAGAACAGUCCAACCCAGAUAUUCAGAUGAGUGCUGUGCAUUUUAUGGAGGAUGAGGCCUGUUUACUGAACCAGUAGAGUAGGCUUGUUGGGUGUUGUUUCUCAGAUCACCAAUGCAAACAGGGUUUUAUUUUUACGCAGUGUGAUACACAGCGUGUAAAAAAACAUUAUAAGUCAUUAUAAUUAGUAAUUAUGUCCCACAUGAUUCAACAAAUGCCUCGUUGGUAAUGUGUUUUAUUUUAUUUUAUUUGUUUUGUCUCGUCUAGUUAAUUAGCGCUGGCUAAUUGGGGCAAGGAUUCUUCUCUGUGCCAAUCACAACAGGUGUGGCUAGCUGACCAAUCAGUGAAGUGUAGGCUUGUGGAAGGGAGGGGUUUGCUCCCAACUUGCUUGGAACAAAUUGUUUAGAAUUAAUUGGCAAAUGACUCUACUAUUUAAUGUAUAUUUUGGGAAAAUUACAAUGUUUUCUUUCCUUAGAUGCAUUUAAUACUGUUGUAGAGGACUCCAUCACAAUAUAAGGACACGUUAAAAUACCAUAUGACCAGCUCUUUAAACACUCUUCAAAGUGUGCUGUGCUGACGCCCGCUGUUACUCAACCAGCAUGAGAAGACAAGCCGUCUAGUCUCAACAGCUUUUCAUUCUUUCUUCUACAUCAGUUUAUUUUAUUUUCCUGUUGAGAGUUUUGUGUCCUAAGUUUUGCCGCAAAGCCAUGUCAGACGUUGUCUGCACCAACUUUAAAACUUCAACCAGCGUACACGACUCCACACCAUCCUUCAGCCAAUGCCCAAGACAUCACUUCCAAUGACUACUGAACUUCCAGCCAAUCAACAACCUACAGAAACCCCUUUCUGCAGCCAUGCCAUGCAAAAUUAAUUCCUUUAAAAUGAAGGCAACACAAGUACAACCUCCAGAUUCUUGCUAAUUUAUUGAUUAAAGGCUGUUCAGUAAUUUCCUUUAUUGAUAUACAAAUGGGAUUUCACAUUUUCACUUAAACUCAUUCUUUCCUCACUUUAUUUCUGCAACUUGUGUGAAUGUAUGAGUGUGUGUUUGUUAGAUUAGUUUUUUGUCUUUUUGAUUUAACCAAUAAAGUCUUGCGUACAUUUAAAAAGAGAAGUGUCUUUUUUUAUUUUGUUCUUACAAGUUAAUGUCUUAAACUGCUGAUCCUGUUACAACGCUAAUAAAGUGUUUUUACUUUAUUUUGGAUUGAUGUUAUGAGGCUCAUUCAAUGAAUCAAAUGGCCAUGAUUCAGUGACCAAAAAACAGUGAUUCUGACCAAAUUCACUAUAAAUAUCAUAAACAAUUCCCUUUGAGCUAAAUUUGUUUUCCAUUUUGAUUUCCUCUUGAUUCUGCUCGGAUAAAAAUUAAUAUAUUAAUUUUACUCGGCUCAAAGUCACAACAUAAAGAGGACACCUGACAAAAUCUGUUUCAAUGAAGAAAAUAUUGAUUUCAGGUUAUUCAAAUAAUGUCUAGGUUCAAAAUGUUAAAGAAUAAUUAAAGAAACAACAAACUAAAUAACUGUUGGAAAUGGGUUUUGUGGAGUUGUGGAAACAAAUGGUAACAUCAAAAUAUCAACCCACUCUUCAAACAAAGACACGAACACAAAAAUGAGAGAGAGUGAACUCAAUUCCACGAGCCUCUUAAAUAGGAGUGCAACAGGUGCACCCCAUGAUCAGCACUGGAGUCUCACCCAUCAAGGUGGAGCCUCUCCCUGGAAUCUCAUGACAAAACAAUUUAAGAAAAAGGUGCACGGCUGUAACAGCGAAAGCCAAUAGAGCUAGAGCUUUAAAUGCCUAAUAAAUAAUUAGGCAAGCAAUUCAUGGUAUUUCUCAUAUUUACACAAUCAUUAGAGCAGAUCGUGACGCAGAAUCAAUGGGAAGACUCGCGUGGCAGCAGGACAUGCUUUUACAUCAAUGAACGGUGGUGUGCAGAUGUAGCCGUGUUAAAGACGAUGUGCUGUUCAGAUCUAGAAGUGCUCUUUGUUAUCUGCCAGCCAGUCCAUUCGCCGCGGGAGUUUCACUUGUUUACAUCUCUCCGCAAACGCAUGUGAGCCUGGCUUUACAGAAAGUCGCUGAUCAGAUCACAGAGACAGAACAACAACACCUGGACUCUGUUUUAACCAUUCUUGGGGACUUUAAUAAAGCCGAUCUCUCAUGUGAACUGCCAAAAUCCAUAGACCAUGCUAAUGUCCCACCAGAGACAGUAAUAUAUUAGAUCACUGUUACACCACAAUGAAGGAUGCAUAUCACUAUGUUCCACGAGCAGCUUUGGGGCUGUCUGAUCACUGUCUGGUUCAUCUUAUACCAACCUACAGGAAAAAAAAAAAAUCUGCUAAACAAAGACUGUAAAGAGAUGGACCAACGAAACAGAGUGGGCUUGAUUGGAGUGUUUUUGAAGCUGUUACCAUCGAUGUGGAUGAACUCUCAGAGACUGUAACAUCAUAUAUUAGUUUCUGUGAGUAUAUACAGGUGCAUCUCAAUAAAUUAGAAUGUUGUGGAAAAGUUCAUUUAUUUCAGUAAUUCAACUUAAA